GACGGUGCCCGAGAACACUUACAUGAGGCACUUGGCGACGGAAGCCAGAAUAUGGAAAAACCACACGAUCCCAAGAAGUACUUCGUCUGCUGCAGAUGCUACAUCGAAGUCCAGGACCCAGUAAAAAAGUUUUGGCGUUUGGACGAAACGAAGCGUCUGCUUACACGUGAAGAAACGUGCGUUGGCGCCAUGGGGUCUUGCGAUCUGGCGCCGGGGGUGGAUGGCGCGUGUCCCAAAGAAACUGUGCCUACAGACGCUGUUUGGAAGCUCGCCGUCUGA